GUUUUGUUUUAAAGCUUCUUAAAUAAAAGUAAUUUUAUUACGUUUAAAAAUAAAACGAACUGUAUAUAAUAUAUAAAAGUAAAAUAUAAGCAUACAGAAAUCAAUAAAAUACAAUGAAGAAUUUUUUGAGAUUGAUCUCAUUUUUUCUGAUAGUAAAAAUUAUUACAUCAUACAAUUGUUUUGAAAAUAAUAUAAAUUAUUGCACUUGUAAUGAUCUUGAUAAUGGAAUAAUUCAAUAUUCAUGUAUUGAUCCAAUGGAAAUGAAAAAUUCCAUCAAUUUACGACACUUUGAAAUUUCAAUUGGAACUUUUGAAACAACAAUAAAAUGCAUAAAUUCAGCAAGUUUAGAAAAUUUUCAUUAUGACUUUCGUUUUUUAAAAACUGAUUUAACAACAAUUGUUCUAGACAAUUGUAAUAUUAAUAGAAAAACAGAUAUAUCGAAAAUUAAAGAACUAACUGCCACUGAGUAUGUGAGCAAGAUUAAUUUAGUUAAUAAUUCUCAACUAAAUAAUAUUCUCAUUCAAAAUCCAUCUUAUGAAUUAUAUUCACUGCUUCGAUUAAAUAUUAUGGAUGAUAAUAAUUUAAAAUUAGUAAAUAUCAAACUAUUUCACAAUGUUCCUAAUAUUUAUUAUCUUACAAUAAAAAGAUGUUUUGUUCAAACAAUUACACCAAAUGCAUUUAUUAAUUUAAAACAAUUAAUAAAAUUGAAUUUAUCGCAAAAUAAAUUGAAAAAUAUUCCAUCGGAAAUAUUCAAUAGUUUACAUGAACUAACUGAUCUUGAUCUCAGUGGAAAUCAACUUGAAAUACUUGAUGAUAAAAUUUUUCAAAAUUUACAAGUUCUGAAGAAUUUGAAUCUUGAAAAAAAUAAACUCACAACAAUAUCAGAAUUUUUGUUAGACAAACUAUACAGUUUGGAAGAAUUUAAUGCAGCUGAAAAUUUAAUAUCCACAAUUCAUAAAAAUGCAUUUAUAAAAUUGUUAAAAUUAGAACGAAUAAAUCUAAGAAAAAAUAAUAUUACCGAUCUAACAAGCAUGAAUGAAAAAACAAUGACAAAUAUAGCUGUAUUUUGGAAUAACUAUUCAGUAUUUACUUUAUGUCAUAAUUUAAAAGAACUGGAUCUUUCCUACAAUAAUAUUCAACAAUUUUAUGACGAUUGGAUUGAAUUAACCGAAUUGAAAUUGAAUUCUUUAAAACUUUCUCACAAUCAGAUACCUUUUUUUAAAUUAUCCGAAAAAAAUUUGAAUAUGAAAUCAGAUUUUCACAUCAACUUGACCAGUAACAUGAUAAAAGGAAUUAAUUUAUUUUCCCUAUCAUCAUUAGAAUUUAAAACACCAUUUAAAAUGUAUAUAGACGCAAGAGAUAAUCCAAUUAUUUGCGAUUGUUUAAAUGACAAACUAUUACAGUACAUAAAGGGCAAUAUUGAAAGUAAAAUCUAUGAACAUUUAAAUAUUGAUACAACAAAUUUAAUAUGCAAUGGACCAGAAGAACAUGAGGGAAAAAUGUUGUCUGCUCUAAGCAUGCAUGAUUUAUCGUGUGAAGUAAAUGUAAAAAUUGACAAUAUAAAAGAAUCAUGUACUCCAAAGUAUUAUAUUGAAAAAAUGCUAACAAUAAUUAAUUGUGCUAAUAAUGAUUAUUCAUUGGUUCCGGAACAUCUUGGAAUUAUAGUUAGUUUCAGUAAUGAAAUUAAUUUAGAAAAUAAUAAUUUCGAAUAUAUUCCAGAAUUUAGUAUUGCCGAACAAAAAUCAAUUACAAAAUUAAAUCUUUCUGGAAAUAAAAUUAAAGGAAUCUCUGGUAUUGAAUUGUUUGAAAAUCUUCAGGUUUUAGAACUCAAGAAUAAUGAAAUAAGUAACUUAAGAAAUAAUGAUAUAUGGAUUUUUAAGAGUUUAAAAAAUCUCAAACACAUUACUCUGAGUGGUAAUCCUUUCAUUUGUGAUUCAAAUUUUAAUGUACUUAAAAAUUAUAUCAAAAUUGAGGAUAGAAAUAAUUUAACUUGUCAUGAUGAACCACUAAAAACAAUUGAGGAAGGAAAACAAAUAAUUUAUUCUGAAUAUGCAAAACUUUCGUUAUGUCAUCAAGAUAGAGAAGAGGUUGAGCAAAUUUGGGAAAAUACUUGUUCAAUCAAGGCAAAAAAUAAAGUGCUAUAAAUUAUGUUAUCACACUUUUAAAUAUAUCAAUUUUCUAUUUUCGGUAUUUUUAUCAUAUUCAAAUUAGGUAAUAAUUGACACACAUCGACCAAAUCAAUAUAUUAUCUACUUUAAAAGUGGCAAAAAAUAUCGAAAACAGAAAAGUGCUAUCACUGUAAAAAAAUCUUUAUGACAAUCAUCGAGAAAAUCGAGCUAUAAAAUAAAAAUUUUCAUUAGACAGAAUUUCAUUAUGUAGAAUUUAUUUUUAGCCGAAUUUUUAUUUCUUUGAAUUAUUAUUUAAGGUUAUAUGGGAACCUCCCACGUGACCUAGUAUAGGAAAAUGUGUUUUCGUAAUAUACAUCUUACUCUAAAACGAGAAAAUAUUUUUGUCUAAAAUUUUGAGGGAUGAUAGAUUUGGGUACAAGGAAUCUCGCUGUUCUCCGAAUAGUACAUAAUUUUGCGUUAAAUUAUUAAAAAAUGAAGUUUAAAAAAUGGCAUUUUCAAACAAAAAUGAAAAGAAACAUGGCGGCGCAUACACAGACGUUGCUUGAGUGUGUCAGUGCUCCAGUAAACAGCGCCAAUUCGAGCGAGUGGCCGCCGAAUGAACUAUGAUAAAACACAUUAUUCUACUAUUUAUUGCUUUAUUUUUAUUAUUUUUGCGUUAAGUUAUGGUAAAUGAGUAGAACAGCGAGAUUCCUUGUACCAAACUAAAUCAUUUCUCCUAAAUUUUAAACCGAAAUCAUUUUUUAUUUCAGAGAAAGUUUCAAACCACAAAAAAACGUCCUUUGCCCACAUACCCUUAACAAAUUUUAACUCAAAAUAAUUUUUUCCAAAAUUGUACAAUUGGAUCUGUCGAAUUUGGGUGUAAUAAAUUUUAAAUAUAUUUUUAGUUCUGUUAAAAACUACUUUUUAGUUUGAGAUUAUGUUAAUGGGUUGAACAUCCUUAAAGAAAAAAUAUUUAUAAAAAAUUUUUUUCCAUCUAAAAUUUUUAUUUAGAGGCCAUUCAAGUAUUACGUAAGCAUAUUUUCAAGGAUUUUGAACCCACUCCUCCCCCCAAAUAAGCAUAUUGUAAUGGAAAAAAUAAGAAUUUUAUAUGGUGCGUAAGCAACUGAGGAACCUCCCCCCCUCCCCCUUAGAUGCUUACGUAAUAUUUGAAUGACCUCUUACUCGAAUUUAUAUUUUACAGAAUUCUUAAUUUUAAAAUUUUUAUUUUACAGAAUUUUCACUUGAUCGAAUAAAUUUUAGAAAGAAAAACUAAAAAACCAAAUUUUUAUGCCAGAUAUUUAUGCGGACAAAUAAAAAGUUCUGUAAAUAGAAAAAUUCUGCGUUUUAAUAAUUCUGUAAAAUAUAAAUUCGAACAAAUGAAAAUUCGGAUAGAAAAAAAUUCUUUUUUAAUAUUUUUUCUUUAAAAUAAAAAUUUUUUUAAAUGACCAUUCUGUCUAAUGAAAAUUCAAGCAAAUAAUAAUUCUGUCAAAUUGGAUUUUGAUAAAACAUAAAUAGUUUGUUAAAUGAAAAUUCGUUUAAGAAACAAUUUUGUAAUAUAGAAAUUUGGUUAAAACAUAAUUCGAUGAAAUGAAAAUUCUACUGAAAGUAAAUUCGAGGUAAUGAAAUUCUUUUAAAUGUAUUUUCUAAAAAAUUUUAGAAUUUAUUCAAAUUAAAAAAUGAUUUUUAACUAUAUGUUUAUGACACAAAAUAAAAUAUAAUAAAAAUUAAUUUUAAUCAAUUUUGUAAUAGGGUCAGUUGGGGUAAAUGGGGACAAAAUCGCUUUUUUUUUUACAAAUUACGUAAGUUUCUUCCUUUAAAAUAUAUAAUAUUUGCGGGUUUAUAUUUUUUUAAGUUGUUAUUUACAUUCCAAGGAUUAAUUUUAUGCAGCAGAAAAAAUUUAGAUAAGCUUUAAACGCAUGAAACUGACUGUCCCCAUUUAAUUUCAAUUUCAAUUUCAUUUAUUAACGGGACAUGCCCUUUCGUACAAAAGUACUCCUAAAUUCUAAAAGUUACGUCAGUAACAAUACAAAAUAUAAAAUAUUAACUAAAUCUAGGUAGGCGCUAUAAUGGUUAAAGUUCAGUAUAAGUUUAUACAGUAAAGAAUAACAUAAAUCUAAUUACAUUAUUAUCAAAGGAGAAGAUUAAUUUUUGAUAAAUUGAAUCUGCUUUACCAUUAUAUCAAUUAAUUUCAAAAAUAAUUGUUAUUGUUCAAUAAUACUGAUUUUCUAUAAAUCACAAUGUCUACAUUUAGUUCUGUAUGUAUUUCCUUAAAUCAUUUUCAUAGAUAGAAAUAAAGUAAGUUUAUUUCAAGGAAGGGACACAACCUUGGGCACCAAGUGGGGAAAUCACUACAGAUUCUCCUUACAAAAAUUUAGAAAAUUUCAUAAAAUUUGGGGUAAAUGGAGACAGCAUAGUUUCUAAGGAAGUUUUAAGAAAAAAGUUUCCUUAAGUAUAUUACUCUAUUAAGGGAUGAAAAAACUUAAAAAAAAAUUUGUAGCAGAUAUAUAAUAGUUGAACCAAUUGAAAUUUUUUUUAUUUUUUUUUUAUUUCAGUAUUUUGUCUCGCAUUUGAA